AUGAGGCCACUCCUGGUGCUUCUGCUUCUGGCCACGCUGUGCACUGACCUGGCCCGGGCCCUGCAGUGCGAGCCUCUGGUGGAGUGUGCCCCGCCCGACAAGUACUGUGUGAUUACUCGGGCCGCCAGCCCCAGCGGCGUCCUGGUCAUGAAGUCCUGCGCCCCGACCUGCCCCAACAGCACCGUGACCUCCGACGGCCUGGCCCUCUCUGUCUCCUGCUGCCGGGACAACCAGUGCAGCAGCAGCGCGGCCACGGGCCUGCCGGGCGGCCCAGGCGCCCUGUGGGUCACCGCCAGCCUGCUGUGGACUCUGCUCUGGGCGGCCUGCUGA